AUGGGUUUUGGAGCCCUAAGAUCCAUUCUCCAGCCAGUAUCAAGGAUCCUUUUACCCGUCUCUCAUUUAUCCCCAGCGUCGAAAAACCUCUCCACUCUCACUGCCCCGGAGCUCCGCCACCUAUCCGCCCCCCUCCGCCGCAACACACCGUGGUGUACGCCUUGCAGCGCAUUCCACAGCCUUACGGAUACCAGGUACCCCAAACGGAGACCCAGCGACCAUCCCCGCCGCAAAAGGGCCAGCUUGAAACCUCCAGGUCCAUAUGCCUGGGUAAAAUGUGUGCCUGGGGAACCUAUACUUCCAAACCAACCAAAUGAAGGAAGUGUGAAGAGGAGGAAUGAGAAGAAAAGAAUCAAGCAGCAUCGCCAAUUUAUAAUGUCUGAAAAAAGGAAGCGAAAAGCUCAAAUGCAGGAGGCUAGAAAGAAAAAAUUAAUGAAAAGGGUGGAACGAAAGAUGGCUGCCGUUGCAAGGGAAAGAGCCUGGGCUGAAAGAUUGGUUGAGCUGAAAAGAAUCGAGGAGGAGAAGAAGAAAUCAGUUGCAGCAUGA